UAGACAGUGUGGUAUAUGCAAAAGUACUUCGUGUAUAUACGGUGUUUCACACUUUUAAUAUAUGUACGGUUUUUGUAUGCUUUUUAAUACGAGGGUUGUACCUGCGAUUGAAAAGUUUAUGAAAAUAUUCGAUAUAUUUUUACAUUAUACGGCCAUUGAACCUCCAGUGCGUUUAUCACUCAGGUCUCUCUUUUGACCUUGUACGAGUUCUAGAAGCGGACCUGAACGUCCUCGGAUAGUAUUAUUGUUAUUAUAAUAGAAUAAUUAUUACUGCGAGCAUGUUUGCGGUUCGCGCGGUGCUCCGCAGCUCUUACGCGCCUGUGCUGAAGCCUGUGACGGCUCGGCUUGCUCAGACAGGAGCCGCGGGCUAUAUCCACUUCAGCGCCCGGUGCAGCAGCGCCAAAGUGGCCGUGGUGCUGUCUGGAUGUGGCGUGUAUGAUGGUACAGAGAUCCAUGAGGCAUCGGCAAUCUUGGUGCAUCUAAGUCGGGAAGGUGCCCAGGUCCAGAUGUAUGCUCCUGAUAUGUCUCAGAUGCACGUUAUAGACCACAGCAAGGGGCAGCCUUCAGAGGAGUCCAGGAAUGUCCUAGCUGAGUCAGCUCGCAUUGCCAGGGGUAACAUCACUGACCUGGCUAAGCUGAGUGCCAGUAACCAUGACGCAGUCAUAUUCCCGGGAGGCUUUGGGGCUGCUAAAAACCUGUCAACAUUUGCUGUUGAUGGAAAAGACUGCACUGUGAAUAAGGAGGUGGAGCGUGUCUUAAAGGACUUCCAUAAAGCAGGCAAGCCUAUUGGGUUGUGCUGUAUCUCUCCGGUGCUGGCAGCAAAGGUGCUCCCAAGGGUAGAAGUGACUGUGGGUCAUGAGGAAGAACAGGGGGGAAAGUGGCCAUACGCUGGUACUGCUCAGGCUAUCACUGCACUCGGGGCCAAACACAAAGUCAAAGAUGUCACCGAGGCUCAUGUUGAUCCAAAAAAUAAGGUUGUGACCUCUCCAGCAUUCAUGUGUGACACCCAGUUACACCUGAUUUUUGACGGGAUUGGUUCCAUGGUCAGAGAUGUCCUGAAGCUGACUGGCAAAUAACUGGAACAUGCCUUCCUUAAAAAGCUGCACUUACUCUGCAUUUGGACACACAACCACAGCGUAUUGUACAUGCAUCUGAUCUUGUGUGAAAAAAAUAAACAAAAACUAUUUCAUAAAUUCUGCCAGGUCAGUGCAACAGAUUGCAAUAAUCUUAAAAGAAUAUAUACAAAUAUUUUGUUUCAUAUUGCCGUGUGAUAUAUGAAUAAAUCCUUAGUUACUGCCUUAACAGAACUCGUGAUUAAAGCGACAGACAUUAUCAAUCAAAGGCCUAUCUGUGCAUAUUUUAAUUUCCUUUAAAUGUCCACAAGAUGGUGCAAUGUCACAAGGAAACUGCCACUGAUAGACACUUCUAGAACUAGAGUAUUCUAGUACAGUACCUUUGAAUAAAAAUGCUUAAUGUCUUCAGUUUUUUAUCUAAUUUUUUUGUGUUUUAGGAUGGAGAUAUAAGUUUUCUCUUUGUUUUGGCAAGUUACAAAAUGUAAUUUUAGAAUCAAACUAAAAUAAAAAAAGUUGAGUUUUAAUUCAUCUUUUAAUAUCAAGUCAUAAAGAUAAAGAAACUUGAUGAUUUCUAUGUGACUUACAUGGUCUUGUCUUGUGUUUUGUAUUAUAGUAUGUUAUCGGAGACUGUAAUGAAGUACUGUAAUGAUGCACUGGCUAUAUAGAGAUGUGCAUUUCAUCACAGCAGUUGAUGCUGUGUGCUCCUAGUGCUCCUCACUAACAUACCUAUAUUCAUUUGUACUGAUAAGUAAGGUGUUGCGGCUAUAUACUCCUUAUAAAAAAUAAAUGUCUGCAAUUUUG